AUGUUCAAAAAUAAAGAACUUGAUUUCAAUAAGUCAAUCCAAGCAUAAGGAAUAAGGUAAUAAGAUGAACUUUAUUUUUAUUAUUCUUAAUUAUUAUAGAUCAAUUGUGUUUGUGAUUAUCAAAAUUUUACUCUACAAGUUGACUACAUCGAAUAAAUAAGAAAGUACGAGAAUAUAAUCAAAUCGAAAUUAAAAAAAUCAUAUAAAGAAUAUGAAAUCAAUAUUUUAUGCAUUAAUGGACCUUAUAAAUUACAAAAUAUGUGGUUUGAAACAGGAAUAACAAAUAAUAGUCAUGUUGAUAUCUAAAUUUUAUUAUCUGCAAGUUUUACAUUCAAAAAUUUACGGUUUUAAGAGUAGAUACCAUCUACUUGGAAGGUUCAUAAAAUGAUCACUUAUAUAAGAGGGAAAAGAUCAAUAAAUGAAAUUAUAUAAUUCUAAUACUUAAAUAAAAUUAUUGAUUACGAUCUGGAACUAUAUUAAUUAUAUCCUUAUAUUUAUGAUUUUCAAAUAGAAAUAAUAAAUGAACCAUAAUACUUGAUUAAAUUGAAUGAUGGUAGAUCAAAGAUGAUUAAAAUUAAUUCUUAAGAAAAAGUAAGUAGUUUAUGUGAAUUAAUCAAAAGUGAAUUCAAUUUAAAUGAAGAUAUGGAUUUUGAUUUAUAGUAUGGAUAAAUGACAUUAAUUCAUUAAGCUUUGAUUAUAGAUGAAAUGAUAUUAAAUAAUAGUACAAUUAUAAUCACCAAUUAACAUAUCAAUACUUCAAAUAAGUCUAAUUAAAAAACUAAAGAAACCUACAAUAACUAAUUGAAUAAUAAUUCUAUUUUAACUAUUAUACUAGUAAAUAAAAGAAAUCCUUCUUAAAUUAAGACUACACCUUUAAAUCCCUCAUAACAAAUUAAUAAUUUAGAUAGGAUCUUAAUUCCAUCAAAUAAAAUAGAUAAAUUUGAUAUUUCAUAUUUUUUAUAAGAAAAGUAAAUUAAUGAUAAUACUUUUCUUUCAAAUUUGAUUUAGGAUAAGGAAACUGAAUUAAAAAUAGAGUUUACAAUAUAAAAAAAAGGUUCGAUAAUGAAAAAUAUUGUAAGUUAUAAAGAAACCUAACAGUUACGAUUCAAAUAUUUAUAUCAAGAAUAUACCUAAAAUGUCUCAAUAACUAACACUUUAAAAUAAAUAGAGAAAGAUAUUAAACAAUAAUAUUCAAUACCUAAAGAGUACUCUAUAUUUGUGGAUGAUUCUACUAUUUAAUAUAAAUCAAUUACGGAUCUUGAAAUUUAAUCUUUGAAUAUAUUGUUUGAAUUCAAAAAAAUUGAUUAUAUUACUUUUGAAAUAUUGAUUUAUCCAAUUAAUGAAAAAAUAAAAUUGUAAACUUCAAAAGAUAAUACUGUUAAGUGGUUACGUGAAAAAAUAUAAAAAGAAUAUAUAAAAGAGAAUGAUUAGGCAAGGAUUUAAAUUAAAUCAAAUUAAGUUGAUAUACAUGAUGAUCAGUAUAUAUCUAGAGAAUUAGAGAUGAAUUAGAAAAACUAAAUAGAAAUUUUUAUAUUAAAUAAAUUUUAAAUUCAAUUUUAAGAUUAAAACUAAAUAAUACUUACUGAUGAUGUAUAUGAGGAUUAUUGUAUUAAAGACUCUGUUAUAUGUUUAGGUCUUGAAAAUUGUGAUUUUUUUAUAAACAACACUCAAAUUGAUACAAGCAACACCUUUUAAUUUUACAAUAUAUGUAGCACCAAUUAAAUUAUCAAAUAUACAAAAACAAAUGGAAAAAAUUCUUAAUUAUCAAAGAAAUAAGAACCAAGCAUAUCAAAACCUCAUAAUUUUCCUAUACAAUAUUGUUAAAAAUAGAAUUUUGUACCAAAUUCAGAUCAAAAUAAAAUUUUUAAUAGUUCUAAUAAAAACAAAAUUAAUAAAAUUUAAUGA